CUUCUCAUGAUUUUGUGGGGGAGAAAUACGUAGGUAGUGGUGACAUUCUCAUUUAGCUGUCCUUUGACAUCAAGGGAAUCAAAGAUCUGCAAUACAGGGCCUGAUAUUGUUCAAUAAUGUACAGCCAUCAUGUACUUAGACUGUACUUUAAAGGCAUUAACAGAGGUAUUUUCUCCUAGGUUUUGAUUUGGGUAAAAGUCUAGACAAAAAGAGGGAACAAGUGGAAAUGGGUUUGAUAUCCAUUGGGCGGUCACCUACCUAGUGCACUUAUUGAAGAAAGUGAGAAAGAGAAUAUGGGGUAUGUGGCCUCCACACAAGUAAAGCAGUACUUUUGGGAGCAAUAGGAUGUGAUCAGUCAGGACAGAAUUAAUUUUGGAUUUGAGGUUUUUGUUGUUUCUUGUCAAUCAAUUACUGCGGUGUGAUGGAGAGCAAUAAUAUCAUUGAGUUAGGAAGUUUGAGUGUGGUGUAGUGGAUUAUUGUUACUGGGUAUGGAAAAUAUGAAUGCUGCUCUUCUUUAUGGGGUAUAUGGAGACAAAGGAGGAAUAGUAGGAGCAGGAUUAGGUUCCAUGAUGGCCCUCAUGACUGAACAGGAUCAAGAACGGGAACAGGAAGCUUCUGCGAGCUGUGAAGGCAUGAUGACCACCGUGACCAUUACUCCACCACCACCACCGCCACCACCACCACCAUCUCAUUCAUCGUAUACCCACAAUCAUGUGAAUGGUCUUCUCUCAGCUUCAACCAUGUUUCAUGGAGGACAGGAUUCUCCUCUUUCUGGUCACAAUCACCAUCAUCAUUCAAAGCAUCUUGUCGGUGGUCAUUUCCAAGGUGGACAGUUGGGUAUGAAUCACAUGGAAGUUGACAGAAAGUUUACAGGAGUAGAGAGAAGGCCUUGCCGGCCAGAGCCAUCUUUGGUAGUAAGAGGUGUGUCUGAGUUUCAAUAUCAGCAGCAAGAAAAAGAAGCCAUGGGAACAUCACUGGAAGUGGAGAGUGCUUCUUCUACUGAACCCAGAGCUUCUAUUGAUCUAAUGAAAACUAAAAUAGCUGGCCAUCCUGAUUAUCCUCGCCUGCUGGCAGCCUACAUGGACUGUCGAAAGACUGGGGCUCCUGCUGACGUUGUAUCUGCGUUGGAGGAGAUUAGUGAGGAGAGACAGCUUGAGAGACACACACCCACAAUGAGUAUUGGAGAAGAUCCAGAGCUUGACCGAUUCAUGGAGGCCUAUUGCGAAAUGUUGAGAAGACACCAGGCAGAGCUCGCCAAGCCUUACAAAGAAGGAAUGGAGUUUAUAAACAAGAUUGAAACCCAACUCAGCUCAUUAAACAUUAAUGUGAUCAGAAACUCCUCUCCAGGCUACUCGUAUGAAAGACAAGGAUGUGGAUCAUCAGAAGAGGAAUUGAGCUGUGGGGAAGCUGAGGUGAAUGAACUUGAUCCUGGUGCCCAAGAAAAAGAGUUGAAGGAUCAACUUCUACGAAAGUACAAUGGAUACUUCAGCACUCUCAAGAAGGAAUUUCUCAAAAAAAGGAAGAAAGGAAAGCUCCCCAAAGAAGGAAGGCAAAAGUUGCUUGAUUGGUGGCAUCUCCAUUUUAAGUGGCCAUACCCUUCGGAGACAGACAAGAUUGCUUUGGCAGAAAGUACAGGUCUGGAUCAGAAGCAAAUAAACAAUUGGUUCAUCAACCAACGUAAACGUCACUGGAAAGCUUCAGAUGCGAUGCAGAUCAUGGUGAUGGAUAACUUAAAUCCUCACACAGCUUCCUUUUUCAUACAUGAUACAGAAGGCUGAAGGAUCUCUUGUACCUUAUGUUCUCCACAUUUUACUCUAUAUGAAUGAUGUCUCUUUCUUUUUCAAAUGUAUAUCAGUAUCCCUAUAGUUACUGUCUAAAUGGCAGUUCUAAUGUCUAAUCGAUUAAUGUACAGUUUCAAGCAAUUACUUAAAUUGUUUUUUUUGUACUGAA